AUGCAUUCGAGCCUCGGCAGCACGCUGAUAGCUGAUCAUGAUUCCCCGUAUCAUCAGCCGCAUGCAAAAUUCUGCCAAGGUCUCUCAGAGCUCGCAGGUCGGCGUUCCUUUAGAGCUCCAGCGAGUCAGGCCAAUGUCUCUUCCGAAAUGCCUCUUUCCUUCUGUGAAGUUGGAUGGCACGGAUUAAUUCCAAAUUUGCCUGGUCUCGCUCGUCAGAAAAUGGCGAUCGUAGCCAAUUAUUACAAUGGUACGAAAGUGAUCGUGGCCUCGGAAAGGAGAUGGUGCGGCUCGCUUAUAUACAUUAUCCUGAUGCAGUCUAGACUGGUUAGCUCUCCAUCAAAUCGGGGUGCUUUGCGUCUCUCCUCGGCUUGCCGUUGUUGGGCCGUUGCUCGGCUGGCGGGCCGGCACAGACGUCUAGGAGAUGGAGGCGAUUGUCCAAAGAUUUUAAAUCUUCGCAAGCUACGAAAAUCUUAA